CUGUGGACAUUGCAAGCAUGGUCAGUCAGCUUAACACGACGAUUCUUUUUGCCUUGGUGGCUGUUGCUCUUGGAGGCUACCACGGAGGCCACGGAGGUCACGGAGGCCACAGCAAACAGUACAGGAAACAGGAUGACUACGGACACUACCGGUUCGGCUACGACAUCGUCAAUGGCCACGGUGCCAUUAACGGCCGCCACGAGACCGGCUCCGCGUACGGCCCCGUGCACGGUUCCUACUACCUGGGAGACAUCGACGGCCGCCACCGGCAGGUGCACUACGUGGCCGACAAGUGGGGCUUCCGCGCAAUGGUCAAGACCAACGAGCCCGGCACCAAGACGAGCCUACCGGCCGCCGCACCCUACCACUCGGCCAACGGAAAGCACGUGCCCGCGUACGGUAUCGGCGGUGGACACGGACACCACGGCUAGAACUUUUCUCACCUGACAACUACUCCGAAUACUACCGCCAGCUACUGCAGGUCGCAAAGGGACAACGACCGACCAGCGACUCCACUUCUUCCUGUGAACCUCGUACGUGCUGCGUGUUCCUCGUGGCUCCCAGAGAGCAUGAAGUCUAAGUCCUCUGUCCACCCAUGCUCAGUCCGUGCUUCUUGUGAGUGCUCGCCAUAUACAUGUACAUAAAUAAAUUAUUUCCUGCUACCGCACUGAAA